UGUCAUGUUGCGGUCCAGAUGGUCAAGGGCCGGUCUCACUUCCAGAUAACUCCAUUAACUCGGUCCUGAUCCAUCGGACUUUGGCCAAUGUACUCGCCUGCGCUCUCGGGCGCAGUCAAGCGUCGCAGCAACUCGACGCCACGUGGACCAGCAGCUGAACGUGCAGCUCAGCGCGCAGCCGAAACCGCCCAAAAUGAGUCAUCGCAGCAGGAGCGCCGUCGUCACCGCAGCUGGGUGGACCACGAGAGCUCGCCAUACGGAGAGUCCAUGGCUUUACUGGUCAGCAAUGACUCGGCUCUGAAUGGUGUCAAUGCCAGCACUUCCGGAGGCGUAUGCGGUCCCCACCAAUUGGCCAAGUUUACAAACGCAUUGAUGUACGGUGUUAUUAACUCCAUCCUGACGAUCCCGUGCAUGUAUGGCUACGCAGCCAUCAUCUUCAGCCACCCAGACUUCGCCGGCUUCAUGCCAGCACUGUCUAAGCUCGUCAUGUUCUCCAGUGUUGUGCACCAGAUCAUGUUCACGCUGCUGAGCUCGCUGCCCUUCGCCAUCGGACAGGUGCAGGACGCAGGGCUCAUUUUCCUCAGCGCCAUCGCGACGUCCAUCUGCAAAUCACUGGGCGAGGAGGUCUCGUUGGAGGCCAAAGUGACGACUACAGUCGUGACGAUAGGUUUGGCCACAGCAGCGCUUGGUGUAGUGUUGGUACUGCUGGGCAAGUUUAAACUGGCGGGACUCGUGUCGUACCUGCCGAUGCCUGUGGUUGGAGGCUAUUUGGCUUUUAUUGGGCUGUUCUGUAUGUAUGCAGGCUUGUCGCUGUGUACAGGACUGGUGAUCAACGAUUUCACUUCGAUGAUGCAGAUCUGGGACCCGCAUUAUAUGCUUCUCUGCGUCCCUGGCGUCUUGGGCGGUGUGAUCUUGUUGCUGGUGUCGCAGCGCUGUGAGAACUCGUUCGCAUUGCCUGCUACGAUUCUAUUGAUGCCUCUGUUAUUCUUCGUAGUACUAGCGUUAUGUGGCAUCUCGUUGGAUGACGCUCGUGACUUCGGAUGGGUCUCGCCGGCCUCGGACCCUGCUGGCUUCGUGCAAAUGUUCGACCUGUUUGACUUCUCGCAGAUGCACUGGAACCAAGUACCUCGACAGCUCACGACGUGGCUCGGAAUGACGUUCGUUGUGGCAUUCUCGUCGUGUCUAGAUGUUGCAGCUAUUGAGAUGGACAUGGGCAGUCAGCUCAACAUCAACCAUGAGCUCAAGUCUGUGGGUUGGUCCAACUUUGUGAGUGGACUGCUGGGCGGAUACACCGGCUCGUACAUUUUCUCGCAGACCAUUUUCACGUACCGUUCCAAGACCAACUCGCGUAUUGUCGGCGUGUGUGUCAUUAUCUCCGAGUUCGCCAUUGUACUCGUGCCGCUGUCGGUGAUGAGUCUCGUGCCUCGCUUCUUCUUCGCCGCCACGCUGAUCUUCAUCGCUAUCGACCUCAUGAUGGAGUGGCUAGUGCACGUGUACCACAAGAUCUUGCCGCGGGAGUACGUGGUGUUGUGGCUGUCUUUCAUCGCCAUCAACAUGGUGUCGCUCGAACUGGGAAUGGUGCUUGGUAUCGGCUUUGCCAUCAUCAACUUCUUGCUAGGUUAUGCGCAGGUCCGAGUGGUGAGUCGGAAGUGUCGCUCAUCUGCUGCGGUGCGCAAACUCGCCGCACGCACGUUUCUAGGUCAGAAACGCGAUGCUAUUGUGUACCUGGAGCUGUACGGCUAUCUAUUCUUCGGUUCGUCAGUGCAGAUUCUAGAAGACGUGCAGAAGGCGGUACACAUUCGCAAGUCCAGGGCUGCGAUGAAGCAGAAAUCGAGCAAGGGGAUGGACAUGGAACCACACUACGUCGACGACUCCGGUAUCCCGCUCACGCCCGUGUCCAAGCGAGAUGUCCCCAUUGAGUGUUUGGAUGGCAGUCCUGCGCCACACCCAGACGGUCUGCCGACCGAGUACGUCGUCAUGGACUUCAAUCGCGUUUCUGGCAUGGAUGCAACAGCUGCGCGUAGUGUCUUCAUGAUCUUGCAGCAGCAUUGCAAGCGCCAUGAUAUCACCGUCAUUUUUGCUGAUGUGCUGCCAGAGAUCCGCAGCUUACUGCUGAAGAACGAGAUCGCGGAGGAAGAAAACUUCUUCCUCAAUGCUGACUCUGCCUUGGAGUUCUGCGAGAACCAAUUGCUGGUUAACACCAAUCACGCCCAGGAUCUGACGCAUAACCACGAAUCUAUGAGUGUGCUGCUCCACCGCUUUAUGGGCGAGCCCGAUGACUCUCCACUCUUCCGAGGUGUUGACCAGUUUUUCCGCAAGUACGAGGUGCCUCAGGGCUACGAGUUCUACCGUGUCGCGUCCUACCCAGACCGCUUCUACUUCCUCGCAAGUGGCCGCGUUGCGCUCUUUAUGAACGAUGACGGCAGUGUAGUUCCUGGGAAACCUUUGACACUACUGGAGAAUGUGAUGCCCGGCGCCAUGUUCGGUGAAGUCGACUUCUUCGGUCGUCAAUAUCGAUACAUGGCUGGUAGGGCUAUGGAGCCGUGCACGGUGUUCGAGAUGACUCGCGAGACUUACGAGUCCAUGGACGAGUUGGCGCCUGCUCUCUGGAACCGCCUACGCGACGUUGUCAUGCAGUCCAUGGCGCUGUCAAUCACCAACACAACCUCCAUCAACACCCUCAACAGCGCCAAUAACAACCUUCCAGGAAUUAACUAAGUAGCAGGCAAACAAGUCAGAAUCAAUUGCACACAUAGAAAUUCAGCUACGUCAUACAGUGAAUCCUCAGCAUUCUAAUCUAGCGGGGAGCUAUCAAGUUCAGAAGCGGACAGUACGUGCGAGGUCACGGAGAGCGUUCUGCUCGGCCCAUUCACAUUUGAGUACUAUACUUUCAGCGUUAGGGUCGAACAUGACGACCUGAAUAAAAAACAAACACAGCGUCAAAUAACUAACGUCCUUCUGCCC